UUUUUACUUGUUCAUCUUGGCUAAUGAUUAACAUUUCACUUACGCUGUUAAUACAUUACCUAGCAUUUUAAACAUUACGUAAUGUUCUAUUUCUAACCUCAAUGUUUCCCGUUUCGGUUCGAACCACUCACAAUACAGAUAGUAUUUUAAUUGCGAAUCGGUUUCGCCCAUAUCUUAUCGUUAACUGCCAUCAGAUAAACGAUAAAUUUUAUGUACUAUCUUCGCGGAUGAGAGCUCAGUAUCAUUCAAACUGCAGGAAGACUCACUAUGGUUGACCUAAUCACUACAUGCAUUGCAUAUUACACUGAAGCCUUACAGCCUUACAUGAUCUUCUAUUUACGCAAUAUUAUCUUUCAAUGCAAGCUGUAGCUUUAACCAAUGUUAGGGUGAAUAGUAUAGGUAAAUGUAGUGAGUGAAAAGUGUAUUGCAUGAUCCUAACGCGUUGAUUGUUCGUUUGAAGUUACUGCCCUGUAUUGUGAUACAAGUCGAGGCAUAAUGUUGGAUUACACUAAUGAGUUAGAAUUGCAAAAAGAAGCAGACGAAGUGGAACAACUUGCUAUGACUUCCUUAGGAAGACUAAUAUUUGUAGAUUUACAUUGUAGACAUUCAAACUCUUUAUCUUCAGAUAAACCAUCUGUAGAUGUUGUUGAUUCCUUAUCACUUGCUUUUGAAAACCUUUUUUAUAUGCCAUUUGACAUUAUUGAAAAUUAUAGUAAUACUCUCCAUACACUGGAUAUUAGUCAUAAUAAGUUUAGUAGAAAUUUACAAUUUUUGGCAGAAUUUGAAAAUUUAACAUCUUUAAACCUAGACCAUAAUAACAUAGAUGAUCACACAGUUUUUCCACAUAUGCCAAAACUUCAGCUUCUGUGGUUAAAUCAUAAUAAUAUAGAAGAAUUGUACCCAUUUGUUAAGAAUCUCUAUGAGAGUCUACCCAACCUCAGAUAUUUGUGCCUUAUGGGAAACAAGGCAGCACCAAGUUAUUUAAAUGGUGGUACCUUUUAUGACUAUCUUCAGUACAGGUUAUACGUCAUAUCUUGGUUCCCUCAUUUGGUACAUCUGGAUGAUAGAGCUGUGACUCCAGAACAACGACAGGAGGCAAAAAGGCUUUUCAAGCGACCACUGUUAGAGAAUCUAACUGAAAAUGCUCCUCUUCCAGAAUGCAUUAAACAUCUACACAACAAAAUUGCAAAUAUAUUUUCAAAACCUACACUGCCUUAUAAGUUGAAACCAAGAGGUACAAACUUUGUUGUUUAAGACAGUAUUAUCUUAGUAAUAUGGUCUUGCUUGAAAGCUGUUCAUUUUUGUCACAGUAAAAAAUAUUUGUGGGAAGGUAGAUAUACAUUUUUUAUUUUACAUAGGAACAAAUACACAGAAGCAACCACAUAGGGCAGUAACAAAACAAGUGUAUUGUAUAAUUUAAUACAGUAUAGAAGAAAUUGCGUACAUAUGUUAAUCUUUUUCAUACUUGGAUCUAAUUAAUACGAUUGGCUUGUUUACAUAGAAAAAAAUAAUUUUACAAUGCAUACGAACUCAACAAGGAUGUAUUUAAUUAUACAAUAAUUGUUAUUAAUUAAUAGAACUGAACUACUAUUCAGGAACUACAUACGUUUAAUUUUGCAAUAACUUUUUGUAAAUGUUAUGUUACGUACUUAUAUAACGCAUAUACUUGUAUUUUUUCAGAAAUAUUUUAUACCAAUGUCUAUAAUAAAUAAAAAUAAGUCUUCAUUACGAAACUAUA